CGCGGGCAGGGACCGGCCCGGGGAUGAAGCUGGCCAUGGCCUGGGUCUCCCUGCCCCUGGCGGUGCUGCUGGAUUUCCUCACCCUGCGCCUGGCCCUGAUGCUCUGCCCCCUGCUGCAGGCCUGGGACCCCCUGGCGCUGGCCUGGGGGGUGGCGCUGGCGCGGUGGGCCCUGCUGAGCCUGAGCGCCCAGGCUGCCCGCGGCAGGGGGCAGGGGCUGCCCGGGGGGCUGCAGGACGCGCUGCUGCCCCUGGCCGCCCUGCUCAGCCUGCUGCUGCCCGGCUACGUGACCCUGCAGGCGCUGGCCCAGCCCCGGGCGCCCCCCUCGGAGCUGCUGCACGGCUGGGGGCGAGGGGACGUCUUCGGCCUGACCUACGGCGUGGCGGGGCUGGUGGCCGCGCUCUGGCACCAGCUGUUCCCCGCCGGGAAGGGGGAGCCGGGGCCCUCGGCCUCGCUGGGCCGUCUGCUGGCCUGCAUGAGGCCCGACCUGCUGCGCUUCGUGGCCAACGCGGGGUUCCUGGUGCUGUCCUCGCUCGGGGAGAUGGCGAUCCCCUAUUACACGGGGCGCAUGACCGACUGGAUCGUGAGCGAGGACGACCCCUCAGCCUUCGUCCGGGCCAUCUGGGCCAUGUCCCUCAUCACCGUGGGCAG